AUGGUCCCCCUGAGUGUCUUCUCUCUGCCAAAAGACAUCUUUAAUUCUCUCCCUUCAGGGAAGGCAAAGAUCUACCAAGGCGUUCGAGUCAAGAUGACCGUGAAGGAGCUUCUGCAGCAGAGAAGAGCCAAGCAGGCCACAGUGGCUGAGGCUGUUUUCGGAGAAUGCAGUGGAAAUGUCCAGGGCAGUGAGUCUCUUUCCCCUCCCUGUGCAGUUCCUUACCUAGGUGCAGCAUCCGAACCUUCCUUGUCCAGCUGUUUACAAACUUGGCAGUUCCAGAACGGCGCUUCCUGUGAGGAAAUUCCCAAUUAUUUGGAGCAGCUGGUGGAUUCUUGCCUCCAGGCCGAUCCAUCCCUGGAGGUUCCUCUGGCCCUGGCCCAGGACAGCCUGCCCUGCUCAGCGGAGAGCUUCCAGGCACCCCUCACCUGCCUGACUGAAAUUUGCACAUGGGAGAGCGAGGGCUUCAUCCUUGUUUUCUUGUUUCAGGGUUCCGGAUCCCCAGAGGUUCCUGAUCCCUGCAGCUCCUUCGAUUACAGUUACUCCCCACCCCAGAUGCCUCCUUUUGCCCCGCUCGGCUACAGCGCCUCACCUCCGGACAGCAAGAGCUGCAUGUACCCGUCCCUGGAGGAACGCUCCUGCCAGCAACAUACCCACGUGCAACACCCCCCCGGCCUGUCGACCUGCUACUGCACCCCUUGCGGCUCCCAGCACUUGGACACUUUUAGAGCCCCAGAAUAUUUCCCCCACGCGACCGUGGAUUGCAAAGACUACGCGCCUUCGGUUUCUGGGGCAGAUAAUUUCUGGAAGGAUAGGAGCUGGGACGUGUGCUACAGUUAGCCUAGGAAUGCCCGUCUGCUGUUGGGAGCGCAGGAGAGCCGUCGACUCAGGUUGCCGUUCUGAUUGCCAAGCGCUGCAAAUGAUACCUUCCUCAGGUCAACCAAUAUGGAAAGUGCAGGAUGCAAGCUUUAGAGAUUCACAGAAUUCAUCACUGGGCUGAGUAGAGAAGAGGAAGUCCUUUUAAACCACUGUUUGUGCUAAAACAGCCCAUCGCCCUCUCCUCCACUGGUGUCCGUCAUGACAGAAUCCAAUUCUGUACCAAGAGGAGCUGAGUUCUGUUCAGUAUAUUUGCAAACUGCCGCCUAUUUGUAUAAUUCGCCAUGCUGCCACACUCCAGCGCA